AAGAGAAUGAAAGUGAAAGUUGAUUAAAAGAUUCCCGGCAGCUCAGCCUCAUACUGACACAAUGAGACGGAAGGACAGACGAGAGGAAGUGUAAUACAGACAUACAGAGGAACCUGGAUACAAACAAUGAGUGGGAACACCAGUCAACAACAGAUUGUGGGAAUCACAUCCCAGUGCACUAAAACUGAGCUAAAAUGUCUAAUGGACCUGCUCAUCCCUAAUGUCUCCAAUGUGAGAUAUAUUCCAGUCAGAAAGGAUGACGUGUGGAAGGAGGAGGUGGACAAAUGUUCAUUAGUGAUCUUACAUCACAGCACUAAACAUGGGCGGCUUAACAUCACUGAUACACAAGGCUCCCUCUAUAAUGAACAACUCCUCUACUUAAGCAAAAAUCUUGGCCCCAGCCGAGUUCUGGUUGUACUGGAUGAUCUGGAGUUUACUGAUGAAGAUGAAAAGAAGAUCAUUCUGUGUUCCCAGCCCCAAAUUGCACUCUGUUCCUCUCAGCUUCUCCUGAUUCCAAAGAAUGACAAGGAGACUGCGUAUUUUAGCAACAUCGAUCAAAUAUUUGAGUUUCUGAAAGGGGUGGAGAAAGUAUCAGAAGAAAUAUCAGAAGACAAAGCAAAAGUACCUUCCAACUUACCUUCCAACCGUACACAGCCGGUAACAGGCAGUGUGGCUGAACCAUCCAACAGGAAAAAUUCAAAGCAGAGCAUUCCAUGUUCUCAAAAGCAUUCAGUCAGUAUCUUCUCCAGAGCUGCAAAGAGUACUUACACUUGGCUCAUGGAUCUACUGCAAAGUGAAGACUUUGGAAGCCUAGUCAAGGAGGUCCAUUCGGUGGAAAUAUCCAAUAAUUAUUCACAGUUUUUAUCCACCAUAAAUAACUGCACGUUUGCCAUUCUCUAUCAUACCCUCAAAUUUGGGAGGAUAAAUAUCACCGAUGUUCCAGAUUCCAUAUACGACAAAGAGCUGAAAGAUUUAUUUAAUAGCUUUGGCCAGGAGAAGAUCAUUGUGGUCAUUGACGAUUUGCUGGAAAGCAAUCUAGAGAAGACAAAGGGUACAAUCCACCAAAAUCAGCCAAGCAUUGGACAGUAUUCCCAGGAAGCCUUCUUCUUCAGUGAAAGAGAAAAGAAGUCUGGAAUAAACAAAUCUAAGUCCAUGCAGGAUAAAAUUACAGAAAUCAAACAAACCAUAGAGAAUAGCAUCAAAAGACAUUCCCUUUCAUCAUCAACCAGCCAGAAUUCUUCAGAUACAGAAGCAUUGCCCUUGAGAACUGAUGAUCAGACCCCCACACAGAGACAACAGGAAAGUCACAUCAGAAGGAAAGAACUUCAACCAGGAACAAGAGAGCGAAGCAAAUCAGAGGAUGAAAUAGAGGAAAAGCAGAGCAGAGGUGGUGGCCCUCAGACCAAAGAAGGGCCAAACAUGGGUGGCAGUUGCAGAGCUAAACCAGCUGAAGGAAGCAGGACAGAGGCAGAACAAAUAAUUAUCGUUGCUCAUGAUCCAGAGGCAGAACAGAGACAACAGGACUUUCACAACAGGAAAGAACUUCAACCAGGAACAGGAGAGCAGAGCAAAUCAGAGGUCAGAAGAAAGGAGAUGAAGAACAUAAACAGUGGCUCUCAGACUGCAGAAGAGGUCAAAUCUGGAAAAUUUUUACACAAAAAAUCAAACUGCAGUGGAACUGCAGAUCCAGAGGCAGAACAGAGACAACAGGACUUUCACAACAGGAAAGAACUUCAACCAGGAACAGGAGGGCAGAGCAAAUCAGAGGUCAGAAGAAAGGAGAUGAAGAACAUAAACAGUGGCCCUCAGACUGCAGAAGAGGUCAAAUCUGGAAAAUUUUUACACAAAAAAUCAAACUGCAGUGGAACUGCAGAUCCAGAGGCAGAACAGAGACAACAGGACUUUCACAACAGGAAAGAACUUCAACCAGGAACAGGAGAGCAGAGUAAAUCAGAGGAUAAAAUAGAGGAAAAGCAGAGCAGAGGUGGUGACCCUCAGACUACAGAAGAUCCGGCCCUGACAGAGGCAGAACAGAGACACCAGGAAAGUCACAAAAGAAGGAAAGAACUUCAACCAGGAACAGGAGAGCAGAGCAAAUCAGAGGUCAGAAGAAAGGAGAUGCAGAACAGAGAUGGUGGCUCUCAGACUACAGAAGGAAACACACCGCGGGUUUUAGAUAAGUCAACAGAAAACCAACAGUCUGGAAUUGGUUGGAAAUAUUUGAAAGGGGUUUUCGGAGGGUUAACACGAAAGACAGAAACUCCUCAUCUUUCUAUCCCCGCGGAAAUGAAAACGUCUCAUACAAAUCUUAAAGUCACCUUUUUCUCAAGGUCUUUAGAGAGAAACUACCUCUGGCUGGUGACCCACCUAGAAGAAAUGAAGAGUAUUUGUAGCGUGAACAUUUCUAAAAAUUACUCACCGCUUACUUCAGAGCUGGCUGAUUCCACUUUUGCCAUUCUGUACCACAACCAAAAGGAUGGACACUUAAACAUCACUGAUGUUACUGACAGGGAACUGAAGGAAUUAUCUUCAAAGCUUGGAAAGGACAACAUCAUUGUCAUAGCUGAUGUGGAUAAAUCUCACUCUGGGAAGGAGAGGGAAAUUCUGAAAUUACAGCCCAGCAUUGUGAGACUGGCUUGUGACCUGAUUUUAUUCACUGAGGAAGAAAAGAAGUCUAGUUACAAUUCUGAAACUCUAAAUAUCAAAUUGGAGAGAAUAGAAACACUCAUAAUGAAGAGUGCAGGAAAAUUAGGCACUGAGUCAUCAAAUGAUACACUCAAAAGACAGAUAAAAGAAACAAGUGCGGGUCAAAGUCUUAAUGGCCUGGAAAGCAAUCACAAAUCAUCAAUAAAAAAGAUAAACGUCAAUGAAACAAAUAUUGAAAAGGAAAUGCAGGAAGGUUCUUCAACUACAUCCAAUAAUUUGAUUCACACUGAAUUAAGAGUUAGUGAAAACUCUGGUAAUGAAAAAUUACCUAAAUCUCUUCAAAACCAUGGAGGUCAACUUCAACUUGAAAAUAAAAUAAAUCACUAUGAAGGUACAGGGGGAGACUUUGAAUGUGUCAAAAACAUGGGAGAUUCCUUGGCAGAGCAGCAAAAGGAAAUGGUGAAGGCCUUCAAGUUAUAUUCUGAAAUUCAAGAAAAAAUUGUAAAGGAAUCCCAGCAAAUUCAAGAUGUCAUAAAUGACUUGCAGAAUACAAUAAUAAAGCAGGGUCAGGAAAUCAAACUGAAAGAUAAGAAAAUAAAGGAGCAAACUCAGAAAAUAGAAGAACAGGAUCAGAAAAUAGAAAAAUUGGAUCAAAAAAUAAAAGAGCAGGAUCAGAAAAUAGUAAAAUUGGAUCAAAAAAUAAAAGAGCAGAAAAUAGAAGAACAAGCACAGAUUAAAUUAGAACAAGAUAGAUUAAAAAAUCAAGAUGAAAAAAUCAAGGAGCAAGCUAAAAAAACUAGAAAAGCAAGAUGAUAAAAUGGAAGAACAGGUCCUAAAGUGAAACAAACUGGUACAGUACACAUACUUUAAUGAACAAGAUAAUUUAAUACUGAAUACCCCCCCUUCAGAUAGGUUGCUGUAGGGUAACAGAUCCAGUGACAACUUUUUAUUUGUUAUUGCCACAGGGAAAAUUGUUCAGUUUGCAUAUUUGCCAAUUUUUGUGCCUACUUGUCUAUAAAACAUCAUCUUGGACAAGAACGUUUUACUUCAACCAUUUUUUAGAACUUAUCUAUGGGUACAAGAAGAAGUUAUUUUUGGCAGCAGAAUCCAACCGACAUUUUCUUACUUAUCCAUACUUUUUCCAGUUACCAAGUUGUUCAAAUGAUAACCCUUUGUUUUAACAAGAACCUGCUUUAUGUGUUUCCUGUAAUAUUGCGGAAAAAAUAAAUAAAACAAAAUUUAUUGUA